AUGGUGGGGUCAUGGAACAUAGAAACUUUAACGGGUGGUGCUAAGGGCAAGAAUGAGGUAGGUAUUUUAGUUGUUAGGGAUCUCAGGGAGCUAGUGAUGGAUGUUAGGAGGGUGAACGGUAGGCUGAUAAGUAUUAAGCUGGUGGUUGGUGGGUUCACGUUAAACAUGAUUAGUGCUUACGCGCCACAAGUGGGCCUGGACGAGGAGGUCAAGAGGAACUUCUGGGAAGAUUUGGGCGAGGUUGUGCAUGGCAUUCCUCACACCGAGAAGCUAUUCAUAGGAGGUGAUUUUAAUGGCCAUGUUGGGGAGACUGCUAGGGGUCAUGACGAAGUGCAUGGCGGGUUUGAUUUUAGAGUUAGGAACGAGUGA